CGCACACAAUUGGACACCAGCAAAUUCGAUCAUAAAGUUUCGCCGCAGGUUCGCCCUAGUCUCCAAUACCUGACCUAACAUAUGUUCUGAGUUAGAAAUUAUCCUGUGUGGGCAUAUCAGGCUAUGUCACGUAACCUGAUGGAGGCGAAAGAGAAGUUUUCCAGGGCGUCCGACGUGCUAGAAAGCUUACCUUAUUUGCCUCCCGCCCCGCUUCCUCUCAACUCCCCCACCCAUGAUGGAUUUUGUACAUCCCCCAUCUUCUGACGGCUCAUGGGAGAGUUUAUGCAAUGUCGUUGAAUACAGCGGCGUUUUCGAUUCCGAAUAUCGCCAGCCUCACUCACGGUGCAUGAAAAACGCCCGCGUUGCGCUUCGGAAGAGCAUAACACAAGUCCUUCAUCAACGUGAUCGGACGAAUGUCUGGCUCAACGGUCUUGCUGGUGUUGGAAAAACAUCUAUCGCGUUCACCAUAGCUGAGGAGAUGAAAGCAGCAAAGAGGCUUGCUGCCACUUUCUUCUUUUCGCACAAACACGCACAAAAAGCUGCCGCCAUCAUUCCUACCAUUGCAUACCAGCUUGCAAUAGCUUUCCCGCGCAUUCGAGAGGAAAUCGUGAAAGCGAUCGAGAGAGACGGCGUGCUCCUAUCACUUGGAAAAUCUCGCGAAGAUCAAAUGCGAGAGCUUGUCAUCAAACCACUCGAGACGUUAAAAUUCCGUCAAGAACCUUAUGUCAUCAUUAUCGAUGCUCUUGACGAAUGUUUUUCCUCUGAAGAGGCAGCAAGACUGGUUACACUGUUGUCAGACGCCCUCCGGGGCCCAGACUUGCCAUUCAUCCACGUAGUGUUCACGAGUCGCCCUGAGCCACACAUCCUCGCAGCCAUGCCAUCCCCUGUCUACGAGAUUCUCCUUAGCACUCGUGAUGAAAAUACCAUACGGGAUGUCCGUUUCUUUCUGCGAGCAUCACUGGAAAAAACACGAACGAUUCGCCCUGCUGUUUUCGGUCAGCCACCCAUCCCAUGGCCAUCGGAGGAAGAAUUCGAGACAUUAGCCUUUAAGGUGGGCGGUCUGUUCGUCUACGCUGCCAUGGCCGUAAAUUUCAUAUCAGCUGCUGGUCAUCAUCCGCAGGAGAGGCUAGAUUUCUUACUACACGAGAAGUCGACAGUCGGUGCCGACAUUGAUCAACUCUAUCGGCAGAUAAUCGGAACUUCGGAGGAUCCACUCGCCCACUGCCGGAUGUUAGCAUCUAUCAUCCACCUUUCCAAACCGUUGUCACUUGCGGCACUCUAA